CGAAUCAACUUACCACAAUGUGCCUUUUAUAGUUGCCUGCCGGUUUAGGCGUGUAAAAACUUGACUGUUUCUGGUUUGACAAGCAGGGGGGCAAAAUGGUCAGAAAAUUGCAGAAUUUCGAAGUCGAAAUUGACGGUAACAAAGAGGUGUUCUACGCAGGCGAAGAUGUACGAGGCAAUGUUGUCGUCGACGUUUUACAGUCAAUGAAAUGCAACCAAAUAAACGUCAUGUUGGUUGGAGCCUCUUACUGCCACUGGACAACGACGACCACUGAUAAUAGAGGAAACUCCAGAACACAGACUGAUCAUCACACCGGCCAUCAGUUAUUGUAUUCAACAGUUCCUGUUGGAAGCAAAGAGAAGCAAAUUGGAUGCCUUUGUUGUGUAUCUGGCAACCUCGACAUGCAAGCAAGUCUUGAUAGAGCAGGCUAUUGUCCUGGUGAGCAAAUCUUCCUCAAUGCGCUGUGUGAGAACUUGUCAACUCGAGAAAUGCGUUGUAUGAGGGCGACACUUAUACAAAAUAUUUUGUUCCGUGCAGCAGACGGACAUACAACAGGAAGUUCAAUAGCAAUUACACGUUUUGAAGGUGGUAAAAUCCCAGCAAGAGGCCAGGACUUAUGGAAUAACCAACCAUUCCUAAUUCCACCAGUUGCCCCAACAAUUAACACCAACCCUGUGAGUGUCAGUUACCAUAUCAAGUUUGAUGUUCAAGUUCCCAUGGGGCUUAGCCCAAAAAUUUUUCUUGGUAUUACUAUGGGUACCAUACCUUUUAAACGAACCUUUGGCAGACAAUGUUCCUAUGAGCUGGCUGAAAAUCAGGUGAUGGAAGCAGGGUACACACACCAAGUACAGCCAUUGGCACCACAAUUUGGGCCAACCACAUCCACCCUUGGCUACCCUGACAUGCCCCCACCAAGCUAUGCCGUCGCAGUUGGAGGUUUGCCUGUGAAUGUUGGUGAUGCAGACGCCAGAUCACACUUUGGAGAUCAAAGCUAUGUGCCAAGGUACACCUAUGCUCAACCAUUCCAAGGGCAGUUCCCACCAACUGACCCUUCAGGCCAAUUUGGUAGUGGCAUGGCAAUAGUAUCUGCUAUUUGAAGGCAAUGAUUGAUUUGCAGAAAGAGUGACAGCCAUGUUUAUCAUUAAACUUGGUGGCUAUUAAAAUCCAAAAGUAGAAAAACUGUUAUACCGAAUUUAAUUUUAAUCCCAAACAUUUUCCUAACUUAAUGCUAAUCCCAAUCCUAACUCUUAAUCCUAAUCCCAAUGCUCUAAUCCUGAGAGCACUGAAACUUUGAAGUUGUAAACUAGGCCUAGAAAUAAAGGAAUACAACACAGUGAGAAUCAGAAACUUUACUUAUAUUUGAACAAUUUACAAACAGAAAGCUCAAU